CGCCCAAGCAAGAUGGCGGCUCCCGCUGGGCCCUGAAGGAUGCGGCUGACGCGGAAGCGGCUCUGCUCCGCGCUGCUGGUCGCCUACUUGCUCUUCUCCCUCUACGCGGCUUACAACGUCUUCCUGAAGCCCCGUCGCCCUGCCGCCUCACGGGCGGGCCAGAGGGAGAAACACGGGCGAGGAGAACAUGCUGCUUUGAGAGCUGAAGAAUGGAAUCCUUGGGAAGUUGAUGAGAAAAAUGAUUUGCAGCAGAAGUCUGCAAGUAGCCUUCAGCUAUUGAAAAAUAUGAAAUUGCAACAAGAACAAACAGAUCUCAGGGUACAAAUAUGGGGGAAAGCUGCUAUUGGCCUUUACCUAUGGCAGCAUAUCUUUGAAGGUCUGCUUGAACCUGCAGACGUAUCAGCUCAGUGGAGAGAAGGAAGCAUAAAAGCAGGAAAAUCAUAUUUCAGCUUCAUCACAGGUCCAGCUGUAGUCCCCGGCUACUUCUCAGUCGAAGCCGACAACGUGGUUUUAGUGCUGAAUGGCCGAAAGAUCUCCUACGCCACUCAGUGGCUGCUUUAUGCACAAACUUUAGUACAAACUCACAAGCUGAAGCAUGUUGCUGUUGUGUUGCUUGGAAGUGAACAGUGCAGAAAUGAAUGGAUUUAUCCUUAUUUAAAAAACUAUGGAGGGUUUGUGGAACUUCUAUUCGUAAUUUAUGACACCCCCUUGGUGAAUGAAGAAAAUAUUUUCCAGUGGCCUUUGGGAGUAGCUACCUACAGAAAUUUUCCGGUAGUUGAACCAAGCUGGUCAAUGCUCCACACACCAAGGUUGUACCACUGUAAUUUCUUAGGAACUGUUUAUAAGAAUUCAACGAGAGAGACCCUAAUGGAAGUACUGAAGCAAAGCAGACUUGAUAAGCCCUGCUGGAUUUCAGCCAGAGAAGAGUGGUGGCCUCAAGAAACUAAUGAGAGCCUUCAAAACUAUCAGGAUGCAUUGCUGCAGAGUGAUCUCACUUUAUGCCCAUUGGGAGUAAAUACAGAAUGUUAUAGAAUUUAUGAGGCUUGCUCAUUUGGCUCUGUUCCUGUUGUAGAAGAUGUAAUGACACCAGGCAAUUGUGGAAAUUCAUCUGUGUACUCCAAUGCUCCACUGCAAUUACUAAAGACCAUGGGAGCUCCCUUCAUCUUUAUUAAAAACUGGAAAGAGCUUCCUGCUGUUUUAGAAAAAGAGCAAAGUAUGAGCCUGCAACAAAAGAUUCAAAGGAGGAAAGUGCUUAUGGAAUGGUAUCGGCACUUCAAAUCACAAAUGAAACAAAAAUUUAUUAGUACACUGGAAAAUUCAUUUUUACCUAAGGAUAGAGGAGGUUAAUCAUUACGCGUUAUAUGCACAAAUAGAUUAAAGUGUAAUUUCUUGUGGCUUUCCGGUACAACUUCAUGUACAUAAAAAGAUAUGAUUCCUUGGAAGUCAGAGCACCUUGUCGUGUUUAUUAUUUUUUCUAAACACAACUAUGUCCAUAUCUGAGAACGUCUCCAGUGUAAGGAUGCUGCAUGAGUGGCAGCUUCUGACUCCUCUCCCCAUCAUUGCCAUCACACACUCUCAAGUUUGAAAGAUUCUUUCAGGCUGCAGUUGUAUACACACUUGCCCAGGAGUAAACCCCACUGAACACAGUGGGACUUAAUUCUGAGUAGACAUGCAUAGGAUUACACUGGGAAAUACUACCUCUACAUAUGUUUUUGUUUUCUUCUUUGUUAAUCUCUCAAAUGUAAUAAUGUUUAGAUACUGGAUGGGGAGCAAACUUUUUUCCAGAUCUAACCAAACUAAUAAGAAAAACCAAUAGCCAAAAAUUCAGUUAAGAGCCCAUUUGAGAAAAGCAAGUUUCACCAAGGAAAUAUUGAAACGUCUGCUUUGAUUCUAGUCAAUGUUAUUUGGAUGCAUGUGGUGAAUGACGGAGAUGAUUGUUUGUCUGACUAGGGAUGUAUUUCAGAAUGUACUUUAUAGAAAUGUAAUUAGACGAGGACACUGAGGUUUUAGUUUGCUUUUUGGAGGAUGGAAUAAAAUAGGUUCAGUGAGCAGGAUAAAAUUAUCUGUGUUCAUCUUUUCCCAACAAAGAAAAUCAAUAAAGUUCUGUAAAUUGCUGCUGAGCAGGAAGUUUCUAUGUAUUCUUUUAGCAGUAAAGGAACUCUGUUCUUUCUGGAACCCAGAAGGUUUGGGUGGAGUCCAGGUGUGCUGUUCUUGUUGUGGAAUGACUUUUGAUCCAGCAGAUGCCACUAUUAAUGGAAGGGGGAGCGAUUUUCACUGAUUCCCUCUUCCCCCUACAACCCUCUGUCACAUUUAAUCCUGUUCUGGAGGGUACUCCAACCCUCUAGAAUAUAUUUUGGGGGUAAAUAUGGUAAAUAGCUACUCUAUUUUCAAGUAAAUGUGUCCUGAGUCAGUGUGUAAACAAGUUGCUUUAAUUUUAAUAGAGCAUACUUCUAAGUUAGUCACUUAUGAUAACUUGCCUUUGAAGAUGUUGGGUUUGUAUGUUUGUUCCUUAAUUUAUUCAGCUGAAUUCCAAAUACUGUGUGUUUGCUGAUUGUUCUUGAAAACUAAAUAUUUAAGAGAUGGUCUCAGAUCAAGCCCACAGCCAUAAACUCUGAAAUACAAGUCUGUGAACCUCCAAUGUACCUAAAUAAUUUAAUUGCUAUAUAUUUCAUGUAUUAUAUUUCAUGGACCUUAGGAACAUUUCACUGUAUCCUUUGGACCAAAUUAAAUGUUCA